AUUUAGAGAUGUUGUUAGCAUCCGUCCAUGGUCUAUAGCAGCCGAUAGCAGCGCAGUACAUCCAAGGCAUGGCGAGGUUGGCCUCGAUCAGAAACAAGGGCUGUGAGUACAAGUGAUGUACAUGUGAUGACGAGAUGACUCCGAUAACUCCAGCUAUCCUCUCAGCGAUACAUAUUCUUACGAAACCUCUUGGCGAAGCGUCUGCGCACGAUGCUCAGUCCUCACACCAAGAGGCUCUGCUGGCAGUGCUGCGGGCCAACAGGGCCCUUCUCCAUGAGCGGCUUCAGAGCGAGAGCAGCUUUGAGGAGGUGAGGAGGCUGAGGGAGGAGGUGAUGGUGGUGGCAGACUGGUUCGGCGGUGACACGGAAGACUCCGCUUGGGGUUUUGUCCAGGAGUGUCUCCUCCUGCUCCUCACCUUAUCGCGACACCUGUCCGCUGAACUCAAACUUUUCCAGCAGACCCCAGCUCCGUCUGCAGCUAGACAACGCACCCCUGAGAUGGCCCCACCGUUACCCCCUGAUGUCCUCAGUGUUGCCCAGCAGCAGACGCUUGGAGCGGCCCUUCAGUUUGUGGUUUCUCUGGGGCUCUGCCCAUACUUGGCCACUGGAGUGGGUGUGUCACUGGGUCGCAGGUCAGCGUUUGGAGCCAUGGUGGACAAACUUGUCCGCGGCGGGGCGGUGCCAGCAGCUGGACGCCGCCUUUUGACCACCACGAACAUUCUAUUGCAGUUGGCGGAGCUGUCGUGUCUCGCCACAUUGGUGUUCACACGGCAUCUGGGGGACGUGUUGGCGGCAUUGUGCCAGCUUGGCUACCAGCCACGCCGGGCAGAAGAGGGGAAGAUGCAGGAGCUCAGUGCGGAGGAAUGUCAAACUUGCAGGGAGGCCCUCAAAAGCCUUCAAGGAAAAGUCUACCAACCAAUGAUUAUCAAGGAGCUGCUGAUCCUCCAAGGACCCAAACAGUCUGCAGGAGGAAGCUCCCGUGGUUCCAGCAGCAGGGCAGUCCUGAGGUCAGCUCCCACCUGGCUAAAGCGUCUGUGUGGUCAGCUGCUGUCUGAGCGCCUGAUGCAGCCUAACGGUGUCCAGGCUGUAGUCAGAGCCAUCUUGGAGGGAGGAACAGGGGACGACUCGGACUGGAGGAAAUGUGACUGUGUGGCCAGGAUCCUGGUGACCUGCCCUCAACAGUCUGCCUCAGCAGACACCUACUACAGACACGUCUGUCAUCAGAUCCUGGACCUCCUGCACUUCAAGGACCAGCUGACAGCCCAGCAGCAUCAACGUGUGGCCACCAGGGCGGUGCUCUUCAUGGUGCAGGAGAAGCCCAGCUUUGCCCAGCAGUACCUGCUCACGCCUCUGCUCGGACCGCUCCACCGCUGCACCACUGCUUCCAAUGAGGGUCAUCUCCAAGCUGCUGUGGAGGAAUGGGAGCUGACACGUUGUGUGAAUGACGUGUUCAAGAUCUGGGUGGUUGGAAACAGUCCGUCAGCUUCUCUUCUUGAAGCUCUGGAACAAGUUCUCCCCGUUCUCUUCACACUCUUCUGCUUCACCAAGCAGAACGUCUCCCACCUACGCGCCCCCUGUCAGGAGGUCUUGCUGUGGUACCUGAGCCACGCUGAGACGUCUGCGGCCCUGUCAGCACUAAGGCAGCUCUCAGGUCUGCAGGGACAGAAGAACGAGGUGGCAGCAGACUUCCACUUCGCCCCAGGCAGUGAUGGAGGAGCCAGACUGAGCUCCAGGGAGACAUUCAGUGAAGAGGACGAUGCUCUGUAUGAGAAGCUGUCAGGAGAGCAGUGGAGGCUGGAGUGUCUUAUGCAACUGUUGUCUGAACUCAAAGACUGUGACCUGCCUGGAGACUUCUUCCUUGACCUGCUGCAGGAGAUGGCUGGCUGGUCAGCUGCAGCAGAUGGAGACAAGGAAGAUGAACCAGAGCUGGACGUGUCAACUAUGACACUUGUGGAGGUGGAACAGAGGCUGCUGGCUCCGUCUGCGAGGCAAGGCCAGAGACUCGCUUUGCUCCAGGUGUUGGCUGUGAUGGUCGAUUGUCUGCAGCAUACUGUGCUUCUGAGGAAAACCUCACAGGUCAGUGCAUUUCUUUAUCUCUCACUGACUAUCUGCUGUUUUAUAAAACACAGCACGUUUGUAAUGAUUCAUAAUUAAGGAAACAGGUGAAUUUACUUCCAUUAUCUGUUAUUACUUCAUCAUUAGUAACACAUAGAAGAGCUGUAUAAACUGGAGGGUCACAGUUCAGCACUGCAAAGAGAACCAACAGGAACAUACAUCAGAUGGAGACUGUAGCAGCAUCCUGUAGUAAACACACAACUCAGCAUGUCCUCAGUCAUUUGACAUAGAGAGCUGAUCCUAUUCACCAAUAAAUAAUAAGCAACAUAUCCUCCUAUUAUGGGUACUGAGCAUCCAACUCUCUCACCAAAACUCUGCUAGCAUUUAGCCUAGCUUAGCACGUAAACAAGAUGCACGUGUGUCACGUCUGUUGCGUUCAGGGGCAGCGGUGAGGAACGGACAGCCCGGUGUCACUGAAUUAUUACAGGCGCUCAUAACGUUGAGA